AUUUAGAGGUGGGAGUAUUUAGGCCUUGAUAUUUUAGCCCCUCUUAAACCCUGUAACACCCUCGCUCCCCAGCUCGAUCCUCCAUGGACCCUGACGAAGAUAACGGCGCCGUCCAAAACCCUCCCUCCUCCGUCAUAACUAACGGCGCCGUGUCCGGCGUCCUCCCUCAAUCGGAACUCUUCGCCGUCAACUACCCCGGCUACCCCUCCUCCACCUCACGUGCCAUCGACACUCUCGGCGGAAUCCACGAAGUCGAGAAGGUGCGGAGCUCGGAUUCUGGUCAAUUGGAGCUCCGUUUCCGACCUGAGGAUCCGCACUGUCACCCUGCGUUUGGAGAGCGCCGAUCUUUUGUGGGUCUCGUUCUUAAAAUUUCCAAAACCCGACCUGAAUCCGAUAAUGAUGGGAAGGAGCAACUUUCGGCUGAGGUCGUCGCUCGGGUUAACGAAGCUUAUGAUUUCGAAGGUAUGGUGGACUACCAGCAUGUUCUGGCCGUUCAUGCUGCUGAAGCAAGGAGAAAGAGGGGACGCUGUGAUAUUGAUGAGGAAACUGACUUAGGCGAUGCCUCUCGCAUGCACUUGGAAGAGGAAGCUGAUGAUGUAAUGAUGUUGGUUCCACCUCUAUUCUCGCUGAAGAAUACUCCGGAGGAGAUAGUGCUGAAUCCACCGUCUAAUUUAUUCUCCAAAAAGUUGCAGAAGAGUGUUGUGGAACACCGCUGGGAGAUGGACAUUGAGCCGUGCCUUGCUAUUGAUUUUGACAUUGAAAAAGUUCCUGGAAAAGUGAACUGGGAAGAUAAAAUUCCAAUAGGUACAACUGAGUGGGAGUUGCAGUUAGCUGUGUCAAAAUUGUUCGAGGUACGACCUAUAUGGCCAAGACGGUCAAUCCAUGAAGAGUUGCUUGAGAAUGGCCUACAGGUCACUGACCACAUGCUAAAGAGGUUGCUGUUUCGUACCGGCUACUAUUUCUCUACUGGACCGUUUGCUCGAUUCUGGAUCAAAAAAGGAUAUGAUCCUCGUAAAGAUCCUGAGUCACGGAAAUAUCAAAAAAUUGAUUUUCGGGUGCCAUCACAAUUAAGAAGUGUUGGUGAAGAAAAUACAGAUGCUGGGUCAAAGCAAACAUGGAAGAACAUAUGUCAGUUUCGAGUAUUUCCCUGGAAAAAUUUUACUUGCUUGCAAUUCUUUGAACUUAAUGAUGACUUCAUACAAGAUGCCAUUCAAAAACCCACAUAUCAGACAACUUGCACCCGCUCCAGAGGAUGGUUCUCUGACACUCUUCUUAGAACUUUGAGAUUGCGUGUAAGCAUGAGGUUUAUCUCCCUUUGCCCUAGAGAAGGUGCUGAAGUCUUGUUGCAAUGUAUUUCUGGAGAAUUUGAAAAACUAAAGAAACUGGAAGUUCUUGGCAGAAUUAGGAAGUCUGCAACUAAGCACCAAAAUCCCAACAAAGGAUCCAAUAUGUCUACUGAAACUGCAUUUGCUGAAUCUGGUGGCACAGAGCAUCAGAUGUCGGGUCAAGAUGGGACUAAUAACAGAGAAAUUGAAAAUGAUCAAGAAGAGGAAGAGGAAGAGGAAGAGGAGGAAGAGGAAGAUGAAUUUGCCGAAUAUGAAUCUCAAGCCAUGGCAGGUGAUGAUGGCCGUUUCUCCCUUGAGACUGGUUCUCACCAAGCUGGGGAUCCAGUUGUCAAUGAUUACCUUCAGGACCUCCUGCGAGAGUUUCCAUUUAGCAAGGAUGGAAAUGAUUCAACAUCCAACAAAGAGGUUCAGAAUGCUGAUGUUAGUGAUGGUGAAUUUCAAAUUUAUGAACAUGACAGCGAUGACGAUGAUUAUGUCUAUUAGCAAUACCUGGAAGAAAAGUUUACUGUAAUAAAUUUAAUGUAUGAAACCUGAUAUCAAGUUAACAGAUUCCAAAAGUACGUAUAGUUUGUACCAUGUAAAAUUAUGGCCAAGUCAAUUUAAAGUUAUCGAGUUUUUAUUAGUAUA